GAUAGCGAGGUGUCGGUGGGGUUCGGGAGCUGCGCUUGGCCGCGGCGGUGCUUCUUUUGAGUGAGUAGCGGUGCCGCUUGGGGAGGAAGAAGAAGACGGCGUCCCGCCGCCGCGGAAGGAACACGUCGAGUUGGUGUUGAUCCCCGAGAGGGGCUGAUUCCUUGUGGGCCGUGGGCUCUAGGCCCAACGGCCCAAUAGGCAGCGGAUAAGGAGAAAUUUAUCGGCGGCGAGAGGCUGCCCCACCUCACUCGCCAGCUCCGACGCCUUGCUUCUCCCGCCUCCUCCCCGGCCAUGGCCGCCGUCGCCGCCACCUUUCGCUCUCUGCUCCAGCCCGCGGCUAAUGGUGUCCCCGUACCGCUUCCUAGCGUCCGCUUCCAGAGCCUGCAGCGCCACCGUGUCGGCCUCCACCUCUUCGCGUCCCCUCGAGGCCGCUCCAUUCUGCCUCCACCCUCCGCCGCUGCCGGCGAAGCCUUCUCUUCCGACGGAGAAGAUUACGCUAACGAAGACGAGGAGUACUUUGAAGAAGAGGACGAUCCGGAAGAGGAGGUCGAGGCCCCGCGCGCGUACUCUUCUCCGAGAAGCCAGCCGCCGCGCGGCCAAGAGCCCGGCCGGCUCUUCGUCGGUAACCUGCCCUACUCCUUUACCUCGGACGAGCUCUCCCAGGCCUUCUCCGAGGCCGGAAGGGUCGACGACGCGCAGAUAAUCUAUGACAAGGUCACCAACCGAAGCCGCGGCUUCGCCUUCGUCACCAUGGCCACCGCCGAGGAGGCCGCCAAGGGCAUCCAGAUGUUCGAUGGCGCCCUGCUGGGAGGGAGGACGGCAAGGGUCAACUACCCGGAGGUGCCGCGGGGCGGGGCGAGCAAAUCGGUCACAAUGGGUGGCCGCAGGCGUGACGAUGGCACGCACAAGAUUUACGCCGGCAACUUGGGGUGGGGAGUGCGUGCCGACGUGCUGAGGGCGGUGUUCGAGGGGCAGCCUGGCUUGCUUGACGCCAGGGUCAUCUUCGAGCGUGAGACCAGCCGGUCCAGGGGCUUCGGCUUCGUCUCUUUCAGGACUGCAGAGGACGCACAGGCGGCAUUGGAGGCUUUGGAUGGAGUGGAGCUGGAAGGGAGGCCACUUCGACUUAGCCUGGCGGAACAAAACCCACCAGCUGGUUCUCCGCCUAGUGGGGUGCAGGCACAGCAGGAAGAAACUGCUUCAGACACAUCUGAUACGGAGACGGAAGCAGCCAACAGUUCAGAAUCAUCUGAAGCAGAUUUGGAAGAGAGCAACUUACAGACAACAGCAGCAUCUUAGUGACUUAGAGCCAGGAGUUAUAUGAUGUCCUGUACUGAUUCACAAAUUCAGCCAUUCCAAUCCAAGUUGUAUCGGUUUGAGUGAAAAUUUUGACACAAGUGAUGCUAAAGUGAGGAUUCAGCUAUAGAUAUUAGAAUAUGUUACAUAUCUGGAUACUGCAAUUAUUGUGUAAUGUAUUCUGCAAAAAUAUGUUGAUCUAAAGUGCAACCGUGUAGCCCUUUGCUUCCUGUAAAAUGAUUCAGUUCAAAUGUUUCGUUC